AUGGCAUACAGUCAGUUUUCCUUCAUCCUAUGGAUUGUAAUCUGCCAUUUUGUUUGUUCAUGGCAGGCAGUGGAGGUAAAGAGUCCUGUAUUUGCCCGGGUUGGAGAGUCUGUUGUCCUCCCCUGUACCUACAGCACACAAGCCUCUGAGGGCUUCACUCUGGAAUGGAGUUACGCUCCCCCUGGAACCCCGGCACUACAAGCAAAGAGGAUUGUGUACUACAAUGGAAAGCUGUACUGGGUUAACACCUGGGGUGGAAGGAUGACGUUAGUACAGGAGCCACCAGCGUCUGGCACUGCAUCUGUGCGGAUCUACAACGUCCAACCCUCUGAUGCUGGACUCUAUAUAUGUGAUAUCACCAAUCCCAGUGACUGGUCCCGCAGUGGACAGGGAUUGAUUAACUUCACUGUGCUGAUGCCACCAUCUGUGCCGGUCUGUCAGCGUAGCGGAAGUGCCUUUGUGGGAAAUGAUGUUACUCUUACCUGCCUAAGCUCCCAGGGACUUCCCAAACCCAUUUACUACUGGAACAGAGAGAAGACUGCUGCCCCAUUGCCACCAGAGCAGAUGGUGCUAGACCAGAGCGCUGGCUCUCUGAUCCUGCGUAAUCUGUCUACUGCCUUCUCUGGCACCUACACCUGCAGAGCUUCCAAUGAGUUGGGACAGGCUGAAUGUUCUGUAGUCCUCAGGGUGUCCUUUCCUAGCACUGCAGCUGUGGUUGGCGGAGUGGUGAUUGGCAUCUUCUUCCUGCUCCUUCUGAUUGGGGCGGCUGCGGCCUAUUUCCUGUGGUACAGGAAGAGGUCGGCCAAACGCAGGCAAGAGCAAAAUGACAUUGAUAUGAAUUCAACACUGGAGCAGCCAGCAGUAGUGUCUAACGACAAACUGAUCUCCACCUCCUCAGAUAAUGAAGAGGAUCAUGACCUGAAGGUCUCCAAGUUCAGUCCACUAGUGUAG